AUGGGUUUGUCAUUUCAGCAUUUGGUGAUGUUCAGAGAUGUGGCUGUAGACUUUUCUAAGGAAGAGUGGGAAUGCCUGAACUCAUAUCAGAGGAAUUUGUACAGAGAUGUGAUAUUAGAGAACUAUAGCAACUUGGUGUCAGUGGCAGGGUGUUCCAUUUCUAAGCCAGAUGUGAUUACCCUACUAGAGCAAGGGAAAGAACCCUGGAUGGUUGUGAGGGAUGAGAGAAGAAGAAGGAGCCUAGAUUUAGAAUCCAGAUAUGACACUAAAAGGUUAUUUCAAGAAAAGGAUAUUUAUGAAAUGAAUUUAUCUCAGUGGGAGAUAAUGAGAAGAAUUAGAAGUUGUGGCCUUGAAGACUCCUUUAUCAGAAAAGAUUAUAAAUAUAAAAAGUUUGAGGGACAAGAAGGUCCUCAAGAGGGAUAUUUCAGGCAAGUGAAAAAAAUGCCCAGUUACAGAAAACUCACAUCUCUUACUCUGUAUCAGAGAAUUCAUAAUAGAGAGAAACCCUACGAAUGUGGGGACUGUGGGAAGGCCUUUAGGGUGCGCCAACAACUUACUUUCCAUCAGAGAAUUCACACUGGUGAAAAACCCUAUGAAUGUAAAGAAUGUGGAAAAGCCUUUAGACAGUGUGCCCACCUUAGUCGACAUCAGAGAAUUCAUACUUCUGACAAACUCCUCGAAUGUAAAAAAUGUGGAAAGAUCUUUACAUGUGGUGCAGAUCUUCGAGUACAUCAGAGAACUCAUAUUGGUGAGAAGCCCUAUGAAUGUAAGGAAUGUGGAAAGGCCUUCAGAGUGCGAGGACAACUUAAUCUCCAUCAAAGGAUUCAUACUGGUGAGAAACCCUAUGAAUGUAAGGAAUGUGGGAAGACCUUUAGACAGUAUGCACACCUUACACGACAUCAGAGACUUAAUAUUGCUGAGAAGUGCUACGAAUGUAAGGACUGUGGGCAGGCUUUUUUGUGUAGUACAGGCCUCAGAGUACAUCACAAACUUCAUACUGGUGAAAAACCCUAUGAAUGUAAGGAAUGUGGAAAGGCCUUCAGAGUGAGACAACAACUCACUCUCCAUCAGAGAAUCCAUACUGGUGAGAAACCCUAUGAUUGUAAAGAAUGUGGGAAGACCUUUAGUCGUGGUUAUCAUCUGACCCUCCAUCAGAGAAUUCAUACUGGUGAGAAACCUUAUGAAUGUAAGGAAUGUCAGAAGUUCUUCCGUCGUUACUCAGAACUUAUUUCACAUCAGGGUAUUCAUAUUGGAGAGAAACCCUAUGAUUGUAAGGAAUGUGGGAAGACCUUUAGACUGUUCUCACAACUUACUCAACAUCAGAGUAUUCAUUUUGGUGAGAAACCUUAUAAAUGUAAGGAAUGUGAGAAGACUUUUAGACUGCUAUCACAACUUACUCAACAUCAGAGUAUUCACACUGGUGAGAAGCCCUAUGACUGUAAGGAAUGUGGAAAGGCCUUUAGACUUCAUUCAUCCCUUAUUCAACAUCAGAGAAUUCAUUCUGGUGAAAAACCAUACAAAUCUCUGCCUUCUUUGGACUCUGCAUAUCUCCAGGAGAAGAACCCAGAAAACCGAUCAGUCCUGACAGUUCUAAAAAACAUGCCCCAUCGGUUGGUGACUUUCAAGGAUGUGGCCAUCGACUUCUCUCAGGAGGAGUGGGAAUGCCUUAACUCCACUCAGAGGGACUUGUACAGGGAUGUGAUGUUGGAGAAUUACAGUAACCUGAUCUCCCUGGCUGGAUGUUCGAUCCCUAAACCAGAUGUAUUUUCUUUAUUGGAGCAAGGGAAGGACCCCUGGAUGGUGAUGAGAGCCAUGACAAGAAGAAGGAGCUCAGACUUGAAAUCCAGUUGUGAGACCAAAAAGUCAUCUCCAGAAAAGGGAGCUUAUGAGAUGGAAUCACUGCAAUGGGAGAGUAUGAGUCAACCUAUCAGUCAUAACCUUGAUUACAAUGGUCUUAGAGAUACGAUGGAGGGCAAAGGAAAGUUUGAGGGUCAACAGAAAAGUCAGGAAGGACUUUACAUGCACAUGAAAAUUACCUGUGGCGAAAAGCCCACUCAAAGCCAUUCUAUGUCACCUAUUCUUCAUCAGAUAAAUCCUACCAAGGAAAAAUUGUACAAACGUAAGGAAUGUGAACAAGCUUUCAACUACCUGUCAUGCCUUACUCAACAUGAGAAAAGCCAUAAUAAAGAAAAACACUCUGAAGUUAAGAAACAUAGGAAGACCUUCAGCAAAAAGCCAGCCUAUAUUCAACAUCAGAGGAUUCAGAAUGGUGAAAAGCCUUAUGAGUGUAUGGAAUGUGGGAAGGCUUUUGGCCGUAGUUCUGAUCUGAUUCAACAUCAGAAAAUUCAUACUAAUGAAAAACCUUACCAGUGUAAGGCAUGUGGGAAGGCUUUUAUUCGCAGUUCACAGCUCACUGAACAUCAGAGAGUUCAUACAGGAGAGAAACCAUAUGAAUGUAAGAAAUGUGGAAAAGCCUUUAGUUAUUGUUCACAGUAUACUCUCCAUCAGAGAAUUCAUAGUGGUGAAAAACCCUAUGAAUGUAAGGAAUGUGGGAAGUCCUUUAUGCUUGGCUCUCAACUCACUUACCAUCAGAGAAAUCAUAGUGGUGAGAAACCCUAUGAGUGUAAGGAAUGUGGAAAGGCCUUUAUUCUUGGUUCACACCUUACUUAUCAUCAAAGAGUUCAUACUGGUGAAAAGCCUUACAGAUGUAAAGAAUGUGGGAAGGCCUUUUUAUGUGCCUCCCAACUUAACGAACAUCAGAGAAUCCAUACAGGUGAGAAACCCUAUGAAUGUAAAGAAUGUGGGAAGGCCUUUUUCCGUGGCUCACAACUAACUUACCAUCUGAGAGUUCAUACAGGUGAGAGACCCUAUAAAUGCAAAGACUGUGGGAAAGCCUUUAUUUCUAAUUCUAAUCUUACUCAACAUCAGAGAAUUCAUACAGGUGAAAAACCCUAUAAAUGUAGAGAAUGUGAGAAGGCCUUUAUUUGUGGCAAACAACUUAGUGAACAUCAGAGAAUUCAUACAGGUGAGAAACCCUUUGAAUGUAAGGAGUGUGGAAAGGCUUUUAUUCGUGGUGCAUAUCUUACUCAACAUGAGAAAAUUCAUGGUGAGAAGCAUUAUGAAUGUAAGGAAUGUGGGAAGACCUUUUAUCGUGCCACACAACUUAUAUAUCACCAGAGAAUUCAUACAGGUGAGAAACCCUACAAAUGUAAGGAAUGUGACAAGGCUUUUAUUUAUGGCUCACAACUUAGUGAACACCAGAGAAUUCAUAGAGGUGAAAAACCCUAUGAAUGUAAGCAAUGUGGGAAGGCCUUUAUUCGUUGCUCACAUCUUACUGAACAUCUAAGAACUCAUUCCGGUGAGAAACCCUAUGAAUGUAAGGAAUGUGGGAAGGCCUUUAGUCGUGGCUCAGAACUUACUCUACAUCAAAGGAUCCAUACUGGUGAGAAACAUUAUGUGUGUGUUCAAUGUGGUAAAGACUUUAGACGUCAUUCACAACUUGCUCAGCAUAUGAGGCUUCAUAAUUGAAAAAAAAACUUCAGUUGUCAAAAUUGUCAAAUGAUAUUUACUUCUGAAGACAUGCCCACUUUCAAUACCCAGCAUCAGAGAAUACAUACUGAUGAGAAACUCCUUGAAUGUAAGGAAUGUGGGAAGGAUUUUAGUUUUGUAUCGGUCCUUAUUCGACAUCAGCGAAUUCAUACUGGUGAGAAACCUUAUGAAUGUAAAGAAUGUGGCAAGGCCUUUGGUAGUGGUGCAAACCUUGCUUACCAUCAAAGAAUUCAUACUGGUGAGAAGCCUUAUGAAUGUAGUGAAUGUGGAAAGGCCUUUGGUAGUGGCUCAAACCUUACUCAUCAUCAGAGAAUUCAUACUGGUGAGAAACCAUAUGAAUGUAAAGAAUGCGGGAAAGCCUUUAGUUUUGGAUCAGGCCUUAUUCGACAUCAGAUAAUUCACAGUGGUGAAAAGCCUUAUGAGUGUAAGGAAUGUGGGAAGUCCUUUAGUUUUGAAUCAGCCCUUACUCGGCAUCACAGAAUUCACACAGGUGAGAAACCUUAUGAAUGUAAGGAUUGUGGGAAGGCUUUUGGCAGUGGUUCAAACCUUACUCAACAUCGAAGGAUUCAUACUGGUGAGAAACCUUAUGAAUGUAAAGCAUGUGGAAUGGCCUUUAGUAGUGGUUCGGCCCUUACUCGGCAUCAGAGAAUUCAUACUGGUGAAAAACCAUAUAUAUGUAAUGAAUGUGGGAAGGCUUUUAGUUUUGGAUCAGCCCUUACUCGACAUCAAAGAAUUCACACUGGUGAGAAACCUUAUAUAUGUAAGGAAUGUGGGAAGGCUUUUAAUAGUGGCUCAGAUCUCACUCAACAUCAGAGAAUUCACACUGGUGAGAAACCCUAUGAGUGUAAGGAUUGUGAGAAGGCCUUUAGAAGUGGUUCAAAACUUAUUCAGCAUCAAAGAAUGCACACUGGUGAGAAACCCUAUGAGUGUAAGGAAUGUGGGAAGGCCUUUAGUAGUUGUUCAGACCUUACUCAACAUCAGAGAAUUCAUACUGGUGAGAAACCUUACGAAUGUAAAGAAUGUGGCAAGGCCUUUGGUAGUGGCUCAAAACUUAUCCAACACCAGCUAAUUCACACUGGUGAAAAACCGUAUGAAUGUAAAGAAUGUGGAAAGUCCUUCAGUAGUGGUUCAGCUCUUAACCGGCACCAGAGAAUACACAGUGGUGAAAAACCCUAUGAAUGUAAGGAAUGUGGGAAGAAUUUUGGUACUGGCUCAAACCUUACUCAACAUCAGAAAAUUCAUACUGGUGAGAAACUUUAUGAAUGUAAGGAAUGUGGAAAGGCUUUUGGGAGGGGUUCAGAGAUUCAGCAACAUAAAAAAAGUCAUACUGCUGAGUAGCUCUGUGAAUUGGAAAUUUAUGUUAGAAUUAUGUGGUUAAGGAAGGACACAGGACACAUAAGAAAACUCAUAUUAGGGAGUGUCACUACAAAUGUAACUAAG